CAGCACGUUUUGGUAUAAAUAUACGUCGCACGCCUGUCGCGUUCUCUGAUCCCGAGGUUGGCUUUCAAGAUGGCGCCGCAGAAAGACAAGAAGCCUAAGAAGUCAACAUGGAAAUUUAAUUUGGACCUUACUCAUCCAGUAGAAGAUGGAAUUUUUGAUUCUGGAAAUUUUGAACAGUUUCUACGGGAGAAGGUUAAAGUCAAUGGAAAAACUGGAAAUCUGGGGAAUGUUGUUCACAUUGAACGCUUCAAGAAUAAAAUCACAGUUGUUUCUGAGAAACAGUUCUCUAAAAGGUAUUUGAAAUAUCUUACCAAGAAAUACCUUAAGAAGAACAAUCUUCGUGAUUGGCUUCGUGUGGUUGCAUCUGACAAGGAGACUUACGAACUUCGUUACUUCCAGAUUAGUCAAGAUGAGGACGGGUCUGACUCUGAAGACUAGAUGAACCUGCCCCUUACAGGGGAUUGCUUGCUAAUAAAACAGAUGACGCAUGCAAAAGAAAGAAACAUCUAGAAAUGGACUUCUAGUGUUUUGGUGAAUAAAAGCAUUGUGCACUAUAA